AUGUCCGCUUCCAGCGUCGACUCGCUGGCUGUCAAGCGCGACCGCCUCCUUGCCGACAACGUCGACCCGAACGAUCGCGAGGCCCUUCUCCGCCGCCGCGCGAUGAUCGACCACGCCCUCGCCGAGCUCGACCCGAAUGCCGUCCUCGACCUGAGCGCUCCCUUGUCGCGCAAAAAUCACGAGCCGCUGGACAACCUCAUGCACCUCGCCGACCUCGACCGACAAGAGUUGGACGUGUACCGGACGGAAUACCCCGACUGGUGGCGAUUGGCGCGGCAGUCGACGGAGGAGACGAGGAAUUGGCGGCGGUCACGGCGGGAGCGGUGGGCGCAGCUCAGGGAGCAGCAAGCCGAGCUUAGCACCGACAUGCGCUCAAGGGCACCGCACCAGUCCCACCAGGGCGCGCUGUGGACCGCCGUGUCGCUCGCGUGGCGCUCUGUCGCCCUCGGAGGCGUCGUCUCGCUCGCCGUCGUCAUCUCGCUCGCUGCGUGGCUCGUCCUGCGUAGCGCGCUCAAGGUGGACCCGGUCAUGGGCAGGGAGCGCGUCUGGCUCCAGUACGGCCAGCACAAGCCGCCCUAUGCCCUCGUGCAACUCGACCAACGCAAGUACUCGACCCCAGGCAAGGUGUACGACGUCGACCUCGAGCUCGUCGUCCCCGUCAACUCGAACAACCUCGAGCUCGGCAACUUUAUGGCCACGUCCUGA